AUGACAAAGGGUGGCACGGAUCUGUUUGACCAGUUUUGUCACCGAUACUCGACAACGAGAAAGCCGUACCGAUGGCCUCUACGAGUAUUUUAUGGAAUGAUCGACCAGUCCGGUGUAAAUAGUUGUGCUCUAUAUAAUUUUAAUUAUGUCAACGAAAGACUUCCCCACCGGCAGUUUCUGAUCCAAUUAAGUGCUGGCUUAUUAGAACCUUUCCUUCGUCGGCGACUGACGAAUGUCACUCUGCAAAGAAGCUUGAAGGCUUGCAUUAUUUCAAUGCUGGGUAUUGAUGUUCCUCCACCUCAGGAACGCAGUGACCAAUUGCCAAAGCGAUUACGCUGUCACUUUUGCGAUACAAAUUUGGACAAAAAAACGAAUACAGCGUGCAUUGUAUGCCAGGUACCAAUAUGCCGGCACCACCGUCGCUCAGUGUGCACGUCUUGUUCAGACAUAAACUAG